AUGGAACUUGCAAAGCAUGUGGUGCUGCCAUCUCCUAAACCUAAGAGUAUCAUUGAGAUUCUUGGAGACGAUCUUGUUUUUCGCAUCUUUAGUUUUCUAACGUUUGAAGAACUUUCCGAAAUUAGGAACUUAUCAAAGCACUGGAAAAGGUUAUAUAAUUCUGUUCCAAAGAUAAGAAUAGAUUCAAGAGAUCUAAGUGAAGAUAGACGCGGAUGGCUUGCUAAUUUGAUGCGUAUGCAUUGGGAGAACCGUCCAGAUACGAAGAGGGUGGAAAAUCUUGAUGUAUACUGGUUAUUCAGUGCUGAUGAUGACAUUUACGAGAUAGAAAGAUACCACCUGCGAAGUUGGAUACAAGAAGCUGCGAGAUGUAAUGUCCGAGCGAUCAAUCUUGAUCUCCACUAUCAUGAUGAAAUUCAAACAAUGUUUGCCUUCCAAAUUGAUGAUGCCUAUUCAUGCCGUCAACUUGAAAAUCUUACUUUGAGCUGGGUUCAACUGCCAUUGCCAACUACUGGUUUCUAUUCCCUUCAGGUUUUGGAACUGAUAAGUGUUACUGUUUCAGUCGAUAACUUUGGAGAAUGGAUCUCAGACAAUUGCAGAAGAUUAAAGGAACUGAAACUUGAAUGUGCUGCAGGGACACAAUUGCUUAAUCUUACUAGUUCAUCGCUUGAAAAGCUGGAAAUAUCUAACUCUGAAGAAGAUCAUCUUUGUCAUAUCAGCAUUUCUUGUCGGAAACUCGAUGACUUGUUUCUUGAUUUUUACAGCAACUCCGACGAUACUUCUUUAAAAAUUUGUGCUCCAAAUCUUUAUACCUUGAUUCUUGGCGGAGACAUUUUUCAUAGGUACACCCUUGGGGAGUUCAGCAAUCUGCAUAUUGCCAACAUCUAUGUAGGAAGGAAUCCUUUCCGUCGAGCUGAGAGAGGAGCAAUAAUGGACAGAAAUCUGACAAAAAUUCUUCAAAGUAUUCGACAGACCAGAUGCCUCACCUCAGAUGAAAAGUUUAUUAGGCCUAUACUGGAAAAUAAUCUAACACUUCCAACAUUCUCCAAUGCACUCUUUCUAAGUCUUUGCGAUGUGCAGAACUUCCCGACAAUUGUGUCCUUUCUCAGGGUAUUCCCCAAUCUGAUGUCUGUGGAAAUCAUAUCUGACGAGUUGAUGGACAUACAAAAUGCUUUUCGGAUAAGUGAAACCAUAAAAUCUGAAGUCCGAAAAGUCAUUCGUCACUCGCAGAAAGUAGAGAUAAAUGUUUCUGGAAAUAUGUUUUAUAUGUAA